AUCCGGUCCCCACCCUGGUGACAUCCUCCUCACACUCCCUGAGUGGGGAAUCUGGGCAGGGGGCUGGCAGGGAGUGGCCAAGGCAGCUCCAGCCCUCGGUGGCCCCUCCCCUCCCAUGGGGCCAUCCAGUCCUUUCCCCAGGGCUGCUCUUCUUAUGGCCUCUGACCCUCUCUUCUUUCUUACCCGGCUUUGCUGGGCACACCCGGUGCCCAGUGAGUCCCUUUCCCAAACUUCUAGGGAGAAGGGGCGUGGGAGGAGGCGAAGGGAGAUAAAAAAUAAAGACGGAGGGAGACACACACACACUCACACACACAGAGAGGCCAACAGAGACUGAGAGACACAGAGACAGAAAACAGAGACAAAGACAGAAAUAAAGAGAGGCAGAGAUAGAAAGUAGGAAACAGACUAACUCACUCACUGAGUCAGAGAGUCAGAGAGAGAGAGAGAGAGAGAGAGAGAGAGAGAGAGAGAGAGAGAGAGAAAAUUAAACGCCAAAGAGAUAUAGGAAGAAAGACAGACUGAAAGAGAGAACAGAAAGAGGAGAGAGAAGCCAGGGCAGAGCGUGCCAGCUGGCGGAAUGGAGGGUCGCCUGGCAUGGGAGAUGUAGUGGCCGCAGCCUGGGCAGAGCUGGGUGGGCAGAGAGGAGCUGGUGCCUCAGCAGGGGUGAGGGGGCAUGGGAGGGGCAGGCAUUCUGCUGCUUCUGCUGCUGGCUGAGGCAGGGGCUGGGGUGGCCUGGAGACCCCCAAAGGGAAAGUGUCCUCUGAGCUGCUCCUGCUCCAAAGACAGUGCCCUGUGUGAAGGUUCCCCGGACCUGCCCGAGAGCUUCUCCCCGACCCUGCUGUCACUCUCGCUCGUAAGGACGGGAGUCACCCAGCUGAAGGCCGGCAGCUUCCUGAGGGUACCAUCACUGCACCUGCUCCUCUUCACAUCCAACUACUUCUCCGUGAUUGAGGAUGAUGCAUUUGCUGGCCUGUCCCACCUGCAAUACCUCUUCAUCGAGGACAAUGAGAUUGGCUCCAUUUCUAAGAAUGCUCUCCGAGGACUUCGCUCACUCACACACCUGAGCCUGGCCAAUAACCAUCUUGAGACCCUUCCCAGAUUCCUGUUUCGAGGCCUGGAGACCCUGACUCAUGUGGACCUCCGAGGGAACCAGUUCCAGUGUGACUGCCGUGUCCUCUGGCUGCUGCAGUGGAUGCCCACCGUGAACGCCAGCGUGGGGGCUGGGGCCUGCGCCGGCCCUGCCGCCCUGGCCCACAUGCAGCUCCGCCACCUGGACCCCAAGACGUUCAAGUGCAGAGCCAUAGUUCAUGGGGAGAAGGGGAAGAAGACCAAGUCCAGGGCGAACCGUCUUCAUACAAGAGAGAGAUGCGCAAACCAAGGCUCAGCGACGAGGACCCGUGGGGUCCCCCGAGCCUGCCUGACUUUCUCCUGCCACCCCCCAGAGCUGUCCUGGUUCCAGACAGUUGGAGAGUCGGCACUGGGCGUGGAGUCUUUCUCCUACCAGGGGGAGCCCCACAUCAUCUUGGCACAGCCCUUCGCCGGCCGCUGCCUGAUUCUCACCUGGGACUACAGCCUGCAGCGCUUCCGGCCCGAGGAAGAGCUGUCCGCGCCCUCGGUGGUGUCCUGCAAGCCGCUGGUGCUGGGCCUGCGCCUCUUUGUGUUGGCUGCCCGCCUGUGGGGAGGCUCACAGUUGUGGUCCAGGCCCAGCCCUGGCCUGCGCCUGGCCCCCACGCAAGCCCUGGCCCCACGACGGCUGCUACGGCCCAAUGACGCCGAACUCCUGUGGCUGGACGGGCAGCCCUGCUUCGUGGUGGCUGACGCCUCCAAGGCAGGCAGCACCACACUGCUGUGCCGUGAUGGGCCCGGCUUUUACCCGCGCCAGAGCCUGCAUGCCUGGCACCGGGACACAGAUGCUGAGGUCCUCGAGCUGGACGGCCGGCCCCAUCUGCUGCUGGCCUCUGCCUCCCAGCGGCCCGUGCUCUUCCACUGGUCUGGAGGCCGCUUUGAGCGGCGCACAGACAUCCCUGAGGCUGAGGACGUCUAUGCCACACGCCACUUCCAGGCCAGUGGGGAUGUGUUCCUGUGCCUGACACGCUACAUCGGGGACUCCAUGGUCAUGCGCUGGGAUGGCUCCAUGUUUCGCCUGCUGCAGCAACUUCCCUCACGUGGUGCCCACGUCUUCCAGCCACUGCUCAUCGCCAGGGACCAGCUGGCUAUCCUGGGCAGCGACUUCGCCUUCAGCCAGGUCUUCCACCUUGACCCUGAUAAGGGGCUCCUGGAACCGCUGCAGGAGCUGGGGCCCCCGACCUUGGUGGCCCCCCGGGCCUUUGCCCACAUCACCGUGGCCAGCAGACGCUUCCUGUUUGCUGCUUGCUUCAAGGGCCCCACACAGAUCUACCAGGUUCACGAGUUAGACCUCAGUGCCUAACACCAGGCAGGACCCUGGACUUGGCUGGGGCUGGGGGUGGGAGAUGGGGGUGGGGCAUGGGGAGUCUUAGGCCUCUGGACACCCCCUUGACUGACCUCCUGGCCCCACUUGGAAUUAUGGCUGGUUCUGUGAGAUACUGGCCACAGGGCAAGUUCAACGCAAAAGCUGCCCUUCCCGUCUUAGUAACAUCUUGGCUGGGGGCAAAUGCCCCCCACCACAGGUGAUGUGGGGGCUCAGAAGGCGGCAUAGAGGCAGAAUACAGAAGUCAUGGUGGGAGUCACGUGCAGAGCUCCGUGAGGUCUGGAAGCACCCCCACUCCCACUCAACCCACCCGCACCUCUCCUGCUCCCCGUGAAAAUACUCAGGAGGAAAUAGCUUUCCUUUCUCCUCUAAACUCAAUCUGGCCAAUCGCUUUUAGUGCACGCCGCCAUGACAUCAUCAGUUGCUGGGCUGGUUGGACUGCCAGGCUUGCUAACUUCCUCUGCUGCUUGUGCCCACGCCGGCUGUGGCGGAAGCCCAGCGUGUCGUCCCUCUUGCUCUUGGCCUGGGAGUAGGUGGGAAAGCGAGAGCUGUUACGGCCAAGCCCCGGUUACCUCUCCCAAGUGGGUGACAGGGGUGAGGGCAGAAGGUAUAUGAGCUCAAUAAACACGCUGUGCACCUGCCCUACCUGU